AUGGGUCUUCUAGCGCUGGGAACCGCUUUGGAGUGGCCGGAAGCCAAGAAAAAAGCGCAUCAAGUGCGACAGUGGGGAAUUGAGCAACUUCUGGCGAAUUGGCGACGAGCCAAGGGUAAAGAGCGAGAUGCUCUACUUUGGGGCGAUGAGGUCGAAUACCUCGUGGUAGCACUCGAUGAUCAAGCCAAGAAGGCCCGUUUAUCUCUCGCCCAGGCCGACAUCCUGGAGUCUCUCGCUCGGGAUGAGGCUCUUUGGAAGGCAGGCUCCGAUACCAAUGGUGAACAUGGAGACCACGUGGGAGAGAAACCUCCGCACUUCCACCCCGAGUUCGGACGUUUUAUGCUGGAAGCCACCCCUGGCGAACCUUGGGGUAUUGGGUUCAAGGACCUGCUGAAGGUCGAGUCUAACAUGAAGUGGAGACGAGAAGUCGCAAAGGCACACAUGGCCCCGAAUGAAUCCCCCAUCACCCUGACGACCUUCCCGCGAUUGGGGACGAAGGACGAUUAUAUCCAGCCUUACUACCCCCAUCUGGUCCUGCACUGCGCUCACAAUUCAGGUCGCAAGGUUGAGCUGAAUGUGCCGGUCUUCAAGGAUCAGAAUACUCCUUCUCCUUUCAAAGAUCCUACUGUCAACUACGAUCUUCACCAGUGGCCCGAGGAUGCCGACGUUCGCAAUGGUGCCGCCAAAGACGAUCAUGUUUAUAUGGACGCAAUGGCCUUUGGUAUGGGCAGCUGUUGUUUGCAAAUCACCUUCCAGGCCAAGAAUAUGACUGAAGGUCGGAAGCUUUAUGAUCAAUUGAGUCCUCUUGGGCCAAUUCUUCUAGCUCUUACUGCCGCUACGCCCAUCUACAAGGGAUUCCUCGUCGACACAGAUGUGCGCUGGAACCAGAUUGGCGCGGCAGUGGAUGACAGAACCCCUGAAGAGCUUGGUGAAGCUCCUCUUAAAAAUGAUCGAUGGAGAAUUCCCAAGUCUCGAUAUGCUUCUAAUUCCACUUAUAUCUCCCAAGACCCUCGGUUGCGCAAGGAGUACCUGGACCCUGACCUCGUCGUUGACGAGGAUAUUAAGAACCGAUUAAUAGAGGAAGGCAUGGAUGCUAUGCUUGCUACCCACUUUGCACACCUCUUCAUUCGCGACCCACUGGUCAUCUUCUCCGAGGACCUGAAAGAACUCGACUUGAAUAAGGGAGACCAUUUUGAGAACCUCCAGUCUACUAAUUGGCAACACAUUCGAUUCAAGCCGCCACCAUCCGACAAGGACGACAUCGGGUGGCGUGUCGAGUUCCGAUCCAUGGAAAUCCAAAUCACCGACUUCGAAAACGCAGCGUUCAGCAUCUUCAUUGUCCUCAUUACUCGUGCUAUUCUGAGCUUCGACCUCAACUUAUAUAUACCCAUUGCACGCACAACCGAGAACAUGCAGACGGCUCAUACCCGCAACGCUGUACUUGACAGCAAAUUCUACUUCCGCAAGGAUCCAUUUGGCCGUCGGGCCCCCAGGCACGCUACACAGCACUCCACUCAUGGUAGCACCUUCUCUUCCGCUACCUCGUCAGCAGUCAACACACCUCCGCCAUCGCCGCCUCUUGGCCCAGUCGAAACAGAGUAUGAGUUGAUGACCAUUGCUGAGAUUGUGAAUGGCUGCCCGGACGGAUUCCCGGGUCUGAUCCCCCUGGUGGAGUCAUAUCUCAACAGCGUCAACGUCGAUGUCGAGACACGGUGCUUCCUUGCCAGCUACCUGGACCUAAUUCGCAAACGUGCUGACGGUACCCUGUGGACUGGAGCCAAGUGGAUCCGCGAGUUCGUGGCCAAGCACCCGAGUUAUAAGCAUGACAGCGUUGUUUCUGAAGAAAUCACCUACGAUCUCGUCAAAGCAGUUGAGGAGGUGACUGCCAAGGAAGGCAAAAAUGGCAGCAUUGGUUGGGAGCUUCUGCGGGGCAGAAAGAAUUAG